AUGGAGAAGAAACAGCAAGAGAUUCAACAAUUAAAUUCAAAAUCUCAACAACAGCAGGCAAUAUUUAUUGUUGGAGAAAGUUCAGUAAAAUAUAAUACAAUAACAAUAAAUACCAAUGAUGGAAAUUGUAUCAAUGAUAAUAACAAAAGUAAUGAUACUAUUACUAACAAAGGAAAUGAAUAUUUAAUGGAAGAUGAUUUAUCAUUAUCACCAGAACAAAGACUUUACGCCAAGAAAUGUAGAAUAUUAAAAGUUAAAUAUCAAGAAAUUUUAAAUUCAAGUUAUAGAUUACGCAAUCGUCUUUACAAAGUAAGGAAACAAAUAAUAUAUUUAGGAAAAUUGAAACGUGUUCUCUUUCAAACACUUCACUCUCAGAAGGAUAAUUUUAUGGAUACUUGUCUUGAGAUUCCUGAUGAUGAUAAUUAUAAUGAAGAAGUUGAUGAAAUAAUAGGGAAUGUUCUUAAUAGUACAGCAAUAAAACCGCCGACAAUUGUUGGUGGUAAAAAAAGAAAAAUUGAUAAUGGUAAAAAAAAAGUUAUUGCUGAUAUUAAAAUUGAAAUGUUACCUGAAAAGAAGGAUUCUUAA